UCCCGUUGUCUUUAUUUUUUUUUCUGUUCCUUUUUGUUUCUUUUUGUUUUGGAUUUUUUUUUCUCUCUUUAAUGGGCACACAUCUCAGUAAACAUGAUAUAAAUGAAAAGAGUACCAAGUCGCAUCGGCGAAAGCGGGCCAAAAGUGGGACAAAAAGGGCCAGUCCAUAUGCCGCUCAUCGUUAUUCGGCUGACAGCUACCGUUCACCACCGGCUUCGCCUAUCCAUCCAUCACCGUUAAUAAAAGCUCCACCUACCCCCGUUCUACCGGAAUCGUUCCCUCUUUCUAUAUCAUCACCCACCAAACUGACAUCUCCACCUAAAGAUGUUUUAUCGGAUGUGUCCGUUCCUUAUGCAAGUUCAUACGAAUCGACAAUCUCCGACGACCAUCUCAACAGCUUGCUGGAACCGGGAUGGAAAAUAGCUGCCACCGCUAUAGCUUCUGCAGAGCAGGCUCUGGAGAAACUAACCAAACCGUUGCAACUACCCCAAGAACAAAUUGACCAUGUAUACGACUACGAAUUGGAUAAAGAAAAAGACAGACAAAAGCGUCAGCAUUACAUGUUAAAACAGGUGUUUAAUGGCAACAUGCACAUCCAGCUGGAGAAACCGUCUUAUAUUCUGGAUUGUGCUUGUGGUGUAGGUGUGUGGGCGCUGGAAACAGCGUUAGAGUAUCCCGAGAGCCAGGUGAUUGGUAUGGAUAUACAAUCGUAUUGGUCAAAUUACCCAUUAAAAGCCGAACCCAAUGCGCCCGACAUAUCCAAUGUUUCGUAUUGUCAGGGCGAUCUACUAAAACCGCUAGCAUUCAGCAAUCAGCAGUUUGAUUUCAUUUACCAACGUGAUGUGAGCGCGGUGGUGCCAUGGAAACAAUGGCCGUUGUUGAUUGCCGAAUUCUAUCGUAUCUUGCGACCCGAAGGCCAAAUAGAACUCGUUGAAUACGACUGCUUUUUCAAGCACGCUGGGCCGGUCUUGACGCGUAUGAACGAGUGGUACAAAGCCUGUGCGGCGAGGGUCGGUGUGGAUCUUAAUUAUCCUCGAUCACUGAGUAAGGUUUUACUCGAAUCGGGGUUUACCGAUAUCCAAGAGCAGACCCACGAUAUACCUAUUGGUGAAUGGCCCACAGAUACAUUGCUUCAGCAGUACGGAUUCUUGUACAAGGAGCAGAUGAAGGCAUUUUUUAAAUCGAUGCGACAUUGCUGGAUUUCGCAAAAUCAGAUUACGCAAACCGAAUUUGAUCAGUUGUGUGCCACGGCUCUGGAAGAAUUUGAUCAAUAUCGGGUGGCCGCCAGCUGGAAGAUCAUCACAGCUAGAAAAUCCACCAAAUAAACUUGCUCAUUGGUGGAAAGAUUGAUAUUUCUAUGUCAUAAGAACGAUAUGAAAAAAAAGUUGAUUUCCCUUUUUUUUUUCUUCACAUGGUAAAAGAAGUGUUCUUCUGCCUACGCCUCCGGUGACUUGAAC